GACCUCCCCCGAUCCUCCACCUCCUCCCAUAAUACAAUACUAAAUCCCCGCUCCCAUGGCCACAACGAAUCCCCGAACCGAACCCUCCCAUGGCGUCGUCGUCGCUCCAGCGGCUCCUCCUCCUCCCCCAGAUCCACCAUCGCCGCCGCGCGCAGCCGCCUCCCCCCGCCGCCGCCACCUCGUCGUCGUCGUCUCCGGCGGCGGCGCCGGCGGAGGUUGGGGUUGAGGAGGGUGGUAGGUUGGAGGCGAGGGUGGAGAGGAACGGGCGGGGGUACUGGGUGCUGAAGGAGAAGCACCGGGCGGGGAUAAACCCGCAGGAGAAGGUGAAGCUGGAGAAGGAGCCGAUAGGGCUGUUCAUGGAGGGGGGCAUCCGCGAGCUCGCCGCGACGCCCAUGGCGGAGAUCGACGCGUCCAAGCUCUCCAAGGACGACGUCGAUGUGCGCCUCAAGUGGCUCGGCCUCUUCCACCGCCGCAAACACCAGUAUGGACGGUUCAUGAUGCGGCUGAAGCUGCCAAACGGUGUGACGACGAGCGAGCAGACGCGGUACCUGGCAAGUGUGGUGGAAGGGUACGGUAAAGACGGGUGUGCUGAUGUGACGACGCGGCAGAACUGGCAGAUCCGCGGCGUGCAGCUGCCGGACGUGCCGGCCAUCAUGGACGGCCUGGCGGCCGUGGGGCUCACCAGCUUGCAGAGCGGAAUGGAUAACGUCCGCAACCCUGUCGGCAACCCCCUCGCUGGCAUCGAACCCCAUGAGAUUGUCGACACCCGACCAUACACCAAUCUGCUCUCGGCAUUCAUCACCGGCAACUUCAAGGGCAACCCUGCCGUCACCAAUCUGCCAAGGAAGUGGAACGUAUGUGUCGUGGGCUCGCAUGAUCUUUAUGAGCACCCUCACAUCAAUGACCUAGCCUACAUGCCUGCGAUGAAGAAUGGAAAAUUCGGCUUCAAUCUUUUGGUGGGCGGAUUCUUUAGCCCCAAGAGAUGUGCUGAGGCUGUGCCCCUUGAUGCAUGGGUGCCCGGAGAGGACGUCGUUCCCGUGUGCAAAGCGGUCCUCGAGGCCUACCGAGACCUUGGCUACAGGGGGAAUCGGCAGAAGACUCGAAUGAUGUGGCUGAUCGACGAACUUGGAAUAGAAGUUUUCAGGUCAGAAGUUGCAAAGAGGAUGCCGCAAGGAGAGCUUGAGCGUGCCGCGGAAGAAGAACUAAUUGAUAAGCAAUGGGAAAGGAGGGACUACCUCGGCGUCCAUCCACAGAAGCAACCUGGGCUCUCAUUCGUGGGGCUCCACAUACCGGUGGGCCGUCUACAAGCCUCUGACAUGUUCGAGCUCGCGCGCCUUGCCGACGAGUACAGCUCAGGAGAGCUUCGCCUAACCGUAGAACAGAACAUAAUAAUCCCCAAUGUGAAAGACACACAAGUAGAAGCACUUCUCAAAGAGCCGCUUUUGGAGAAGUUCUCCCCAUAUCCCUCUCUUCUAAUGAAAAGUCUCGUGGCGUGCACGGGCAACCAGUUUUGCGGGCAGGCCAUUAUAGAGACCAAGGCUCGGGCAUUUAAGGUGACCGAGGAGGUGGAGAAGCUGGUUUCGGUCCCGCGGACGGUGAGGAUGCACUGGACGGGCUGCCCGAACAGCUGCGGGCAGGUGCAGGUGGCCGACAUCGGUUUCAUGGGGUGCUUGACGAAGGAUAAAGAGGGGAAGGUGUGCGAGGCGGUCGAUGUUUACUUGGGCGGGAGAAUCGGGAGUGAUUCGCAUUUAGGCGAUAUGUACAAAAAGGCAGUUCCAUGUAAGGAUCUCGUGCCGGUGGUGGCAGACAUUUUGGUGCAGCGGUUCGGGGCGGUUCCGAGGGAGAGGGAAGAGGAUGAGGAAGAGGAGCUAGGUGGAAACUGAUGUGAUUGGUAAAAAACUAUCUGUGAAUCUGUUUCAUUUAUCAUGAAUGUCUUUUGUGCGAUAGAGAGUAAUAAGUAUUGGUUUACAGAUAUCUAUAUUUUUCACUUUUCGUGAUAAAAGUUGUCUUAGAAAGCAAGUUAAAAUCAAAUGCUCAUGUUGGUAUCUGACCAUUGAACAUUGUGAGAUGUUGGUGGUUAUAAAUCUAAUUGUUCGAAUGUAUUCCUCUUCAA